CACCCCCCCACCUGACAGUUUUUUUUUUAUCUUUUUUUUAUUAUUAUUAUUUUUUUACUUUCAGGCCAAUCAUGUAUUUUGUUGUGGAGUUCCUUGACAACUCUGUUGGGAUUGUAAGCAACAGCUGGACUAAUGGUGACAAUUCGAUGACCUUCUGGCCACCUUAUGCAGAUCCAAAUAAAUUUAAAAUGGCUCUAUUAACACAUGCAGUCCCUGGACCAGCGUGGACCACCCACACCAUCACAGUUUUGGGCACUGCAGAUGACUAUGAAAAGGCGAGAAAAAAGGCCAAAAUGGCAGAAACACAUUUAGCUGUCGCCAGUGAGCCUGAGGAGUUGGAGAGAUGCCAGCGUUCAAGACAACCAACGAAACGUUACAUCACCCUGCCUGAGCCUGGACCAAGUAGACCAUUGCCACCAGUUCCACCAGCAGCGAUGAACCUGACUCUUAUGAGCCCACCCCCACCACCUUCACCAGUGAGGCAGCCAUCAUUGUCCUCAUCAAGUUCACACUCAGGCCAAGCCCAUCACAUGGACACCCAGCUGUUGAGCCCACCUCAACCCCUCCCAAUUCACCCCCCUUUGAGGCAGCCAUCAUCAUCCUCAAGAAAUCCAUCUGAACAAGUGGACGACCAACUUAGUCCACCCCUCCCUAUUUACCCACCUGCAAGGCAGCCAUCAUUAUCCUCAGGCCUUGAGAGAUAUUUGGUCUCUACGCUGGAGGAGAUUAAGGAUAGGCUGUCUGCAUUGGAGCGGACGGUGACAAUGUUGGCCAGAUCAGGCAGCAACAAACACGCAAAGCUGCCAGACAACUUGGAGCUACCUCUCCAGAACUUCCAGGACCUCAAUGGACUGGAGGAAAAACUGGAGGACAGCCCCUACCAAAAAGAAUUGACUGCUUAUCUGGGGACAAUUGGUGGUGCCACUGUCCAGGCCACAACCAGGAGGGUCCUGGCCACCGUUUUCGGCCAUUCAUUGGCCAUGACCAUCAAUUGGAAUGGGUGCAAUGACAAAAGGGCAUUCCGGGACCUAAAAUUAAAGAGGGUAGUUGUAGAUGCUGUUAGGAGAGGCUCAAUGGACUCCCCACCAGCAGCACAGAUUGAGGACGAGGUGAAGGUGUGGUUCCGGAAUGCCCGAGAUAGGGCGGGUGGCCGUAGGCAGCGGUACAUUCGAGUUGCAGCACAGGACGUUUAAUG